CAAAACCCUACUAAUUUCUCAGAGUGCCCCAAUUGCAGUAACCCCUGCUUUUCAGCUUUGUUUGGGAUCGUAGAAAAGGAGAAGGAAAAUGGAGGAGAGAGUAAAAUGGUUAGGUUUGGUGGGAGCUGGAGUUGUUUUGGGCUCUGUUUCCACAGUCUUUCUUCUCAAGCUUCUUCCAAGAAGUGUUGCAAAGCAAUGGGAGGAAAAGGCUAUUGAAAUUAAUAGGAAUGGACUUGUAUCUGAGAAUGCUAAAGGCGGCACAGUUUCUGGGAAUCAGAACCAUGGGAUGGCUGGUUUAAACCUUCUAAAAGAUGAGAUAGUUUCUGAACAAUUGACCAGGAACAUUCAAUUCUUCGGCCUUGAGUCUCAACAGAAAGUGACUGCAUCCUAUGUUGUGGUCAUUGGUCUUGGGGGGGUGGGUAGUCAUGCAGCAUCUAUGCUUCUGAGAUCGGGGGUUGGCAGGCUUCUCCUUGUGGACUUUGACCAGGUAUCACUUUCAUCACUUAACCGACACGCUGUUGCAACAAGAGCAGAUGUUGGCAUUCCAAAAGCCCAGUGCCUCAAAGAGCAUUUCCUAUCAAUCUUCCCAGAGUGCCAUAUAGAUGCAAAAGUGCUAUUAUAUGAUGCAUCAUCUGAAGAAGAAAUUCUUUCGGGAAACCCUGAUUUUGUUUUGGACUGCAUCGAUAACAUUGAUACAAAGGUGGCACUUCUUGCUGCAUGUGUACGUAGGGGUCUGAAAGUUCUAUCUGCAACAGGAGCUGGUGCAAGAGCUGAUCCAACAAGAAUACGUGUUGCUGAUUUGAAAGAGUCAACAAAUGACCCGCUAUCUCGUGCGGUAAGACACCGACUAAGGAGAGAUCAUGGCAUUGACGGUGGCAUUCCUGUUGUGUUUUCGCUCGAGAAACCUAAAGCAAAACUGCUUCCAUUUAAGGGAGCAAGUGGAGAAGAAGAAAAUCCCUCAGACUAUCAGAUAGUACCAGGGUUUAGGGUUCGCAUAAUACCUGUUCUAGGAACCGUCCCUGCAAUUUUUGGACAAGUAAUGGCCUCCUAUGUUGUGACGCAACUAGCAGGGGUGCAAGUCCAAACAGAGCCUGUGGUAAAUUUGGACAUGGAUCAUUACCGGAUGCUUCAUCAACGCCUUAUUGAGCAUGAGGAAUCAUUGUAUGGCACAGCCAUGGAAGUCCAGGUAGAUAUUGAAGAAGUGAUGUACGUUGCAAAAGAGUUGUGGCAUGGACGAAGUGCAAGAGAGCAGUCUCCAAAAGAUGUCGGACGUGGAAUGUGGCGAUCUGUUAAUGAAUUAAUGCUUGUGAGGUGGGAUCAGGAAAAGCCCGCGACAGUGUCAAACUUAAUUCUAUUAAAGUUUAGCGAGGCAGAUGAGCAUGAAUCAAGCACACUUGAUGAUAUCAAAGAAAAGGAACCUGAAUUUUUUAGGAGAGUGACAUCUGUGCUGAAGCGAGCUGAACUGGACUUUGGUUUGUAGCCAUUGGUUUUUUUUGUUUUUUUUUCCUUACUAGGGUUUUUGUUACCAAUGAGUCUGCGAUAUGUUAUAGCUUUAGGAACAUUUUGAGUAUGGGUUUUUGCGAUAUGUUAUACCAAUGGUUAGUGUCAUUUUUGCAGGCAAUAUAAAUUCAAAAUUUAGGGCGUCAAAUUAGAAACUUCUUUUCACUUAUGUAAGUGUGUAAAGUUAUCUUCAUUAAGAUUAUCCGAUGCUGUUUUUUUGA